AUGUUUGCGCAAUUUAAGGUAUAUGAAAGUUGUAGUAGGAAUCAAGAGGGAAUACAUUCUGCCCUGUCUCAACUUGAAUUGAAGCUACACACUGGAAUACGUAUCCGAGAAGGUGUAAAGACUGGCGGGUACAUCGAUGAUUUUUGGGUUAAAUUUGAUAUGAAAAGAAAGAUGAACAGAAAAGAUGCUGAGGUUUCUGCAAGGAUUUGUGAAAUACAGGCGGACAACCAUUUGCUUAUGAAUGAAAGAUCUAAAAAUGUACUGAAUGAGACCAUAAAAGAACAUAAUAAAGCAUCUGAAUCUUUGUCUGACUUUGCAAGUGUUGAAUACAAUGCCAGGAAGAGGAGAAAACAGAACCAUCAGCUAGAUGGAUAUACUUCGCCUUCACCACUGAGUCCAACGUUAAGAAACUCGCUCCCAAAGCUUACUGAUAAUCCGUUCUUUGAGGAAGAGGAGGAUGAGGCGGAUGACAUCAUAGCAAUUAAUGAUAUUUCACGUGAACUAUAUUUUGAGCGUGAGGAUUCGAAUGAAUCAAUAUGGAUAGCAAGAAAUGGAGGUUUACUUGUUGAGUCACAUAUUCACGAAAUAUUAUCUUUAUUCUCGAUUCUAAUGCUAGCCCCUGAUUCAUAUUUAACUGUUAUGAUUGAUCUUUUUGGCUUGCCAUUGCUUGAUCAAAUUCACAAAGAACUAAUGCCAACUCAACAAAUUAUAUUGGAUCCUACAUACGAGUCAACAUUUAGAAAGGCUAUUAAGAUGGCAAAUAAGUUGUGUGAUGAUGCCACGAAUUGGUUGUAUACUCAACUUGCUAAUGAAAAAACGCUGAAAGAUAAUGCAGGUUUUGCCAUCUUGGAUUGCCUAAAAACAUUACACACGUCGAAAAUAAGGAGUGAACAUAGCAAAAUAACACACAUCACAAACUAUCUUGAUCGAAUUAUGCGAGAAUUCUUCAAUAACCUAAACCAGCAUGUCAUUCAGUGGCCUAACACAGCUUUAGACAAAAGCAAAGCAAGGAAAAAUAACGUAUAUAAGAAUUGCAAUAACCUCAUUCGCCUUGAUAUCUUCAUGAAGGAUUCUUUGGAUUCGGCUAUAGACAAAGAUGCAGAUAUAAAAAUAAUAGGCGCUCAAUGUAUUAAUCUUAUUCAUGGUAUGUAUACUAUGGUUCACUUUGGGCAAGUGACGUUUUCAGCUUCGAUUAAAGAAAUGUCGGCUUUUGUUGAUGAAAUAGAAACGCUUCUACGAAUACAAGAGAUCUUUUACGAAUCAUUUAAUAUUUUAUAUGCUAAACUAUAUAUUCCAAGUCCACCAUCAAACAAAGUGACAUUCAAAAAAGACACUCUUUGUACUCCUCAGUUUAGGAAACUUGUGAAUAAGAUGCAGGAUUGUUAUCGAAGCUUUCCAUUCUGGUUUGAACGCUUUUAA